CAGGGCCCAGUCUAGACCCGUGUGAGCCCCGAGCGAAAAUUACAAACUUGAGGGCGCGCUUUAUACCGUUCCCGCACGCAAUUUUUGUUUCUGUACCGCAAAAGAGCCAAUACCCACACGCAUAAGGUAUGGGCGCUUUCCCGGAUCCUUUCACAGUUGACCCCGUAGCCAGCGUGUGGUACAUAACAAGAAAUUGCUUUACCUUGCGACGUCUAGGGGGUACCGCGUCUAGGCGCGCGUAGCUAGGUUCAUGUCAUUAACAAAAAAUGUCAGUACAAAAACGUGGUUGUAAGUGUAAGUAAGUAAGCACCUUUUACUUCUCACCCCGAACCAAAUCAGAUGAGGGUCGUGGAACCAGCUAAGUAAGUUUUUUUUAGCUUUAGACAAAACAUGGCAUCGUACAGAGAUGUGACUCGAGCAACAAACAGCUCAGACGACAGUGGUAGUGACACAAACAGUGACAGUGAUGACGAUCAGCCAUGGAAGCGUCGAAAACAAUCCAACCAGACGGAGAGCAAAUGGACCGGACAACAGUCCGGUUUUGACAAGCGUGGCAACAGAGUAGAAAAAUCUGACAGGGGACAUGGUUUGAUGGGUGCUGCGCCUGGCAGUGCCGCACCAAGUUCUGGGGUCAAAAGAUCGAAGAGGAACAACGUGUGGGGUGAGGUGGUGCAGAGACAAAAUGAAGACCAUGUUGCGCGAGAGAUGGAUGGCUUUAACAUGGAGCUGUCUCGCAGUCGCGACAUAGAGAGUUAUGACUACAAAAUGGGUCAGAACAGCACGAAGAGAGGCAACCUUGGAGCGCCCCCUAUCACCAAGAAUGAGUCCCUCGGGGAACGAGAGCUAAAACAUGGUGUCGGGGAAACUUCUGACGAUAUCUGGCUUGCCAAUGCACAUCAGCGGCUAGGCGAAAGGGACUCGGGCCGCAGAAAGACUGCAAAGGCCAGACUUGGGAGUCGCCCAAAAUCCGACUACUCAUCCUCCAUGAAGUUUAUUUCUAUCUGCCCAUCAUUGAGCAAGCAAGAAAUUGCCGGCAAGAUUGCGUUCAGUCUUCAGGAGAGCAAGAGAGAACUUAUUAUGCGUGUUGUGAACGCAGUUGGGGUUGAUAAGGCAUUGGAGCUAUGGAAGCUCACUGCUGACACAGAGAAGAAUGGCGGAAUGAUGACACUGAAUGGGUCUCGAAGGCGUUUGCCGGGAGGUGUCUUUCUCUUUCUCAUGAAGACAGAUCCCCAAGUUACAAAGCAACAGGUUGCUGAAAUCUUCGCAGAGGAGAAGAAAAAAGAGACCGACCUGAAACACAAGAAGGACAGACACAGGCGUAAGAUGGCCGCUCAGGCAAAAUCCAUGGAGGAGGGGGAAGAGGAGUUUGCCAAUGACGCAGUGGAGGAAACAAAAGACACAACUGUAGUAGUUGAGGAAAGUAGAAUGGAUAGCAGUGUAGAGUCUAAAGUAGAGGCAGCUAAGGAGACUAAAGACAGUAUUGUCGAGGGAAACCCGAGCUGCGUGGAGGAUGGGGAGAUCGAAAGUGGCGAGGAUAAGGAUGAUAAUGAGGCACCAGUCAGCAAAAAUUAACAGAUGGAGUAAAUUUACCAUGCCUGGAAUUUCAUCUUUGAGAGGGCAAGGUCACUUUCAUUUUGCAAAGGGUAAUUCCAUUUGAAAAUCUUAAAAGUCUGUCGUGGGCAGGUCUUUGGAGGGGCACCAAGGCCAAGACCAGAGGCGAGGGGCCAUUGCUUCUGUGGCACGCUGUGAAAUUCUAGGCCUGAUUUACUGAUGGGAGAGCCUGUGAAAGGGAAACCAGGGGAAACGGAGGCAUUUGCUUCUGUAGCACUCUGUGUAAUUCUAGGCCUGAUUUACUGAUGGAGAGGUUGUAAAAGGGAAACCAGGGGAAACGGAGGCCAUUGCUUCUGUGGCACUCUGUAUAAUUCUAGGCCUGAUUUACUGAUGGGAGAGGCUGUGAAAGGGGAAACCAGUGGAAACGGAGGCCAUUGCUUCUGUGGCCCUCUGUAUAAUUAUAGGCCUGAUUUACUGAUGGAGAGGCUGUGAAAGGGAAACCAGGGUAAACGGAGGUCAUUGCUUCUGUGGCACUCUGUAUAAUUCUAGGCCUGAUUUACUGAUGGGAGAGGCAGUGAAAGGGGAAACCAGGGGAAACCAGGGGAAACGGAGGCCAUUGCUUCUGUGGCCCUCUGUAUAAUUCUAGGCCUGAUUUACUGAUGGAGGGGCUGUGAAAGAUGACCCAAGAAGGUUUCUUGAUUCCAGAAAGAAGAAAAAAACUAAGAUAAGGGAGGGGUUUGGUGUACAUUGUGUACCUUCACCUAAGUCCCCGUCAUCAAGUGGUUAUAGACUGCAGGACUUGCAUGCACGAGGUUAUGGGUUAUCAUCCCAAGCUAACCGCUGAUGUCACAAUAACCAAAAAAUAAGUUUUGCCGUUAAAGGCACUGUAUGUACUUGAUUG